AGUGUAAACAAGUUAGUCUGUCAGUCUGGAUUACUCAGGGCUAAGGAGGAGUUGGCAGAAGACACACGGAGCUCGGGCACAGGACACUCCCCUCGAUUCUCUAAGUCUCAGAAACCAUCAGAACUGAGAAUGCCCCCCGGCUGGCUGCUGACUCAGUUUGAAGCCCAACAGUCCGUGUUUGCUUUGGAAAGAUUUAAUAUUCAAAUAAAAACUUUGGCAGAUGAUGUGCGUGACAGAAUAACGAGCUUCAGAAAAUCAGCAGUGAAAAAAGAGAAACCUCUCAUUCAGCAUCCUAUUGACUCUCAACCUUCUAUAAGUGAAAUCCCGCUUGCCCAGGCACUUGUUGAUGAGCGUUGCAUGAAUUUAUCAGAGAAAGAAGUUAUGGAUCUCUUUGAAAAAAUGAUGGAGGACAUGAAUCUAAAUGAAGAGCGUAAAGCCCCUUUAAGAGAUAAAGAUUUGACCACAAAACGUGAGAUGGUUGUCCAGUACAUUUCUGCAACUGCCAAAUCCGGUGGACUGAAAAACAGCAAGCAUGAAUGCACACUGUCCUCCCAAGAAUAUAUUCAUGAAUUGCGAUCUGGAAUUUCAGAGGAAAAGCUUCUUAAUUGUCUAGAGUCUUUGAGAGUGUCUUUAACUAGCAACCCAGUCAGCUGGGUUAACAAUUUUGGACACGAAGGUCUUGGACUUCUGCUGGAUGUAUUGGAAAAGCUUCUGGACAAGAAACAGCAAGAAAGUAUUGAUAAGAAGAAUCAACACAAACUUAUCCAGUGCCUCAAAGCAUUUAUGAACAAUAAAUACGGAUUGCAAAGGAUUCUAGGAGAUGAAAGAAGUCUCUUGCUGUUAGCAAGAGCAAUUGAUCCAAAGCAACCACACAUGAUGACCGAAACAGUGAAAAUACUUUCUGCUAUCUGCAUCGUUGGAGAGGAAAAUGUUUUGGACAAGCUUUUAGGUGCUAUAACAACUGCUGCUGAAAGGCACAAUAGGGAACGUUUUUCUCAGAUUGUUGAAGGAUUGGAAAACCAUGAAUUCUUACAACUACAGGUAGCGUGUAUGCAGCUCAUCAAUGCCCUUGUUACAUCUCCAGAAGAUCUUGAUUUCAGGAUACACUUGAGAAAUGAGUUUUUACGUUGUGGCCUGAAGAAAAUAUUGCCUGGCUUGAAAGAUAAGGAUAAUGAAGAGCUUGAUAUUCAGCUGAAAGUGUUUGAUGAGAACAAAGAAGAAGACUUAAUUGAACUGUCACAUCGUCUCAAUGAUAUCAGAGCUGAAAUGGAUGAUGUCAAUGAAGUAUUUCAUCUGCUGUAUAAUAUGUUGAAAGAUACUUCUUCUGAGAAUUACUUCUUGUCAAUUCUCCAACAUUUCCUUCUCAUCAGGAGUGAUUACUACGUCCGACCUCAGUAUUACAAGAUAAUAGAAGAAUGCGUAUCACAGAUAGUGUUGCACUGCAGUGGCACGGACCCCGAUUUUAAAUGUAGAGGGAGGAUGGACGUGGAUUUCACUCACCUUAUUGAUGCAUGUGUGGACAAAGCUAAAGUAGAAGAGAGUGAAAAGAAAGCAGCAGAAUUUUCCAGAAAGUUUGAUGAAGAGUUCACAGCUCGACAAGAAGCGCAAGCAGAGCUUCAGAAACGAGAAGAGAAAAUCAAAGAACUUGAAUCAGAAAUCAAGCAGCUACGAGCACAGGUAAUAAAACUAAAUCAAAUUCCUUCCUCUCUUUUACAGGGUCCAAGUCUGACAGGUCAGCUGACAGAAGUAACAUCCUUACCUCCAACCAAACAAUGUGAGAAUGUGCCACCUUCUCCAGCACCUCUGCCACCUGGUGGAGCGAUACCUCCACCCCCUCCGCUACCUGGUGGAGUAGCAGCUCCUCCUCCACCACCUCCACUGCCUGGUGGAGUGAUACCUCCUCCUCCUCCUCCACCGCCUCCGCUGCCUGGUGGAGCAGCAAUACCUCCACCGCCUCCGCUGCCUGGUGGAGCAGCAAUACCCCCACCUCCUCCGCUGCCGGGUGGAGCAGCAAUACCUCCACCUCCUCCGCUGCCUGGUGGAGCAGGAAUACCACCACCGCCUCCACUGCCGGGUGGAGCAGCAAUACCUCCACCGCCUCCGCUACCUGGUGGAGCAGGACCGCCUCCACCACCUCCGCUGCCUGGUGGAAUAGGACCGCCUCCACCACCACCACUACCUGGUGGAGCAGGACCACCUCCACCACCACCGCUUCUUGGUGGCGCUCCAAUGCCACCAGCUUUUGGAGGUAUUCCUUUUGCUCCCUUUCCGGUGAUGCCAGCUUUGCCACAUGGGAUGAAGGAGAAGAAAAAGUAUAAGCUGGAAGUCACAAUGAAGAGAAUCAACUGGUCAAAGAUUGAGCCUCAAGAGAUAGCAGAAAACAGCUUUUGGGUAAAAGCUGAAGAAGAUAAGUUUGAAAACCCAGAACUGUUCGCAAAACUGGCGGUUACCUUUGGAACGCAAAUGAAAGCUAAAAAGCCUGCAGAAGAAUCAGAAGAAAAGAAAGCAGUCCAGUCAAAGAAAAAGAUUAAAGAAUUAAGAAUUUUGGAUGGAAAAACAGCACAAAAUUUAUCAAUAUUUUUGGGUUCUUUCCGUUUGCCUUAUGAAGAAAUAAAAAAUAUAAUUUUAGAGGUUGAUGAAGAGAAGCUGAGUGAAUCUUUGAUUCAGAAUCUAGUGAAGAAUCUUCCGGAGCAGAAAGAACUCAAUGCCUUAGCGGAAUUAAAGGAUGAAUAUAAUGAUCUUGCUGAGCCAGAACAAUUUGGAGUUGUGAUGAGUUCAGUGAAGAUGUUGAGGUCACGGCUCAAUGGGAUCCUUUUCAGGCUUAUGUUUGAAGAGCAUGUAAACAAUAUCAAACCUGACAUCAUAGCAGUGACGCUGGCUUGUGAAGAGCUGAAGAAGAGCGAGAGCUUUAGUAAGCUUUUGGAGUUAGUGCUCUUCCUUGGAAACUACAUGAACUCUGGCUCCAGAAACGCACAGUCUCUUGGUUUUAACAUCAGUUUUCUUUGCAAGAUUCGAGAUACUAAAUCAUCAGAUCAGAAAACAACCCUGUUGCAUUUUCUGGCAGAAAUCUGUGAGGAGAAUUAUCGAGACAUCUUAAAAUUUCCAGAUGAGUUGCAGCAUGUUGAGAGUGCAAGUAAAGUUUCAGCGCAGACUCUGAAGAGCAACCUUGAUUCAAUGAACCAGCAGAUCCAGCGCCUAGAAAAAGACAUUGAGAAUUUCCCUAAAACACAAGAUGAACAUGAUAAGUUUGUUGAAAAGAUGAGCAGCUUUGCUGAGAGUGCCCGAGAGCAAUAUGAAAAAUUGUCCAACAUGCACAACAACAUGACUAAAUUGUAUGAAAAUUUGGGAGAAUACUUCACCUUUGAUCCCAAAGCAAUAAGCAUAGAAGAAUUCUUUGGCGACCUGAGCAACUUCAGAACUCUGUUUUUGGAGGCGUUAAAAGAAAACAACAAAAGAAGAGAAAUGGAGGAGAAGACGAAGAGAGCCAAAUUGGCAAAAGAGAAGGCUGAACGCGAGAAGCUGGAGCGACAGAAGAAGAAGCAGCAGUUGAUUGAUAUGAACAAAGAGGGUGAUGAGACGGGAGUGAUGGAUAGUCUGCUUGAGGCCUUGCAGUCAGGAGCAGCGUUCAGAGAUCGCAGGAAACGAACACCAAGAGGUCAAG